GGCGCGGUGAUGGGAAACGAACUGUCUGGCAUUGCUCCUUCCCAGAUACUUGGAGUAGAAAGCUACCUGUCAGACUUACCAAGUGAAUUUGAACGAAACAGUAGAGAUGUGAAUUUGGGAAGUACAAGGUUUUUGAAAGUGGCCAAAGUGAAACACAAAGAGGGACAUGUGGUAGUGAAGCUUCUUGUAAAACACGAUCCCUCCCUUCGACUUGCACCUUAUCAGGACGAACUACAAGUGCUGAAGGAAUCUAUAUCAGGCUGUUGUAAUCUUUUGCCGUUUCAGCAGUUCUUUGAAACAGAGCGAGCUGGUUAUCUCAUUCGUCAGUAUGGCAGAAAAACUUUAUAUGACAGCAUGAGCACUCGUCCUUUUCUUAGUCAUAUUGAGAAAAAGUGGAUAGCAUUUCAGCUUCUUGUUGCUUUGGAGCAGUGCCAUACUCAUAAGGUUUGUCACGGAGACAUCAAAUCAGAGAAUGUCAUUGUAACUGGAUGGUCAUGGGCUAUGUUGACAGACUUUGCUUCUUUCAAGCCAGUUUUGUUGCCAGAGGAUAAUCCAGCAGAUUUUGACUUCUUCUUUGAUACAUCAAGACGACGUUCAUGCUACAUUGCUCCAGAACGCUUUUAUGAUCCGAAUACUGUGAUUGCUGACCCUUUUAUGGGUGAUGGAAAGCAGGAGACUGUUAGUGGUAGUAGCAGAGACAAUACAGGAAAUUUUAGUGAACCUGUCUUGAAGAAACCAACAACGUUAGCAACUUUAUCUCCACCAAUGGACAUAUUUGCAAUGGGAUGUGUAUUGUUUGAAUUGUUUACUGAUGGAAGGCGACUGUUUGAUCUGUCACAACUGCUAGCAUAUCGAGCAGGCAAGUAUAAUGUGGAAAGUGAGCUAGAACAUGUGGAAGAUGAAUCUGCAAGGAGUUUAAUUCGUCACAUGGUGCAGGUUGAUCCAUCUAAGAGACUAAGUGCCAAUCAGUAUCUCACUGUGUGGAAAGAUGUUUUGUUUCCAUCUGUGAUGUACUCGUUUCUUAUUAAAUACUGCAAACUGUUUGCUAAUCAACCAGUUUUGUCAUCAGAUGAAAAGAUUGCACGGUUGAAGCGAGACUUCACAAAAAUUUUGGAUGAAUUGUCUUGGUCAAAGCCAAGAGAGCAGUCACAUUUAUUAACACUUCCAACUUAUGAUUGUUUGGUUGUUAUCAUCUCACUGAUAACAUCGUGUUUAAGAUCAUUACAGUUUACUUUGUCAAAAUUGGAUGCUCUGGAACUUCUACAGCAGGUUGGAGAAAGAUCAAGUGAUGAGUGUACGUUGGAUCGUUUGGUACCAUUUAUGGUACGAAUGGUUCAUGAUGAAAAUUCUUAUGUAAAAGCUGCUGCUUUACGUGUUCUCACUUGUACUCUAGAACGUGUCCACACACUUCCGAGAAGUGAAACUAACAUAUUUCCAGAGUACAUUUUGCCAAGUGUUCUUCGUUAUGUAGAAAGUGAUGAAGUUGUUGUGAGAAUUGCAUUUGCAGAAAAUCUUGCAUCUCUAGCAGAUACAGCCUUAAGAUUCUUAGAUUUAGCUCAGCUGUACACAGAUGAUGAGUCUUCACUAUACAGUGGAUCACACUUACAGUAUCAGGGCAGUUAUCAGCUGGAGUUGGAAAAUCUUCAUGAUUUGUUUGAGAAGAAAGUAGUUGCAUUGCUGUGUGAUACGGAGAAUAUUGUGAAGAGAACAUUGCUUGAAUAUGGCAUUGGCAAGCUGUGUCUCUUUUUUGGAAGACAAAAAGCUAAUGAUGUAUUGCUUUCUCAUCUUAUUACAUUCCAAAAUGAUAAAUCGGACUGGCAAUUGAGAGGCGCCUUUUUUGAAAGUGUAGUGGGUUUAGUGACUUACGUUGGAUGGCACAGUUUGACCAUGAUUAUGCCCUUGCUGCAGCUUGGAUUGACUGAUGCUGAAGAAUUUGUUGUUACCAAGGCAAUAAAUGCUUUAAGAGCUUUAUGUGGUCUUUGUCUUUUUCGAACUUCAACAGUCAUUGAAUGCCUUGAUGAAAUUCUUCCGUUCUUAUUUCAUCCAAAUAUGUGGAUUCGUUAUGCUUCUGUCGGUUUUGUGAUCGCAGUGAGCAAGUUCUUUUGUGUUGCUGACGUUUACUGUGUAUUACUUCCCAAACUGCAACCAUAUCUCAAACAUUCAAUUAUUCAACCAAGUAGUGCAGUUGUUGUGUUGGAUGCGUUGAAAGAGCCUCUUUCUCGUCAGGUAUUUGAUUACAUUGUUAAACAGCCACAGCUCCAACUGUUAUUGGAAAGACUGAAAGACAGAGAAUCACAAGAUGUGUCUUUGAAUGCAGAUGUUACACCUGACGAUCCUCUCGAUCAGGUUUUCCAUAAGUUGCAAUCUCUUGGAGUGACUGCUGAAGAUGAAUAUAAGUUACUGUGUAUGAGAGAAUUGCUUUGCAAAAUUCACAAUGUGAAGUUGGGGGCAAUUGAUGUUAAGCAGCACUCUGGCAUCAUUGACGUAGCUGGUCUUUCCGUCCAGUGCCAUACAAUGGAGUUAAAACCCUCAGGAGAUAUGAAAUUGGAAAUUCUGCAAGUCUCUCAAACAAACAGACGCAAUAACACAAGGAGGCUAAGUGAUCCUCCUGCUGCUACUGAUGAUUGGACUGAGAUGUUUGGUAAGAGUAAAUCUUCAAAAGCUGUCAAUGCAAAAGACUUGAAACAAAAUGUUGGAGGACGGGAACUGAAGACUAAGAGUCAGAGUGAACUAUCACUGAAAGUUUCUGCACAACAAAUGAAGCAAAGUCGAGAGGGAAAGCAGCAAUUACAAUCUGACAACUCUGUGACUGUUCGAACAUCAAGAAACAGUGAACGCUCUGGAACUCCAGUUAGAAAACAGAUUGUAAAGGGGAGGUCUCCUACUCCACCCAGAAAUGAAGUUAGAAAUCCACAGUGCAAGACAGACUUUCAAAGAUAUGUUGAUGCAAAAAGAGACUCAUAUGCCUUAGAUUUGCGCCAUUUUCAACAACUUUCUUCUAGUUUAGCAAAAUGUUGUCCAACUGAAGGUGGUGGUUGGGUGCCCAAGGGUGUUCUUGUUGCUCACUAUAAUGAACACAAAGGAUAUAUCAACAGAGUUAGUGUUAUGGAUGAUGCUUCAUUUUUCGGAACUUGUUGUGAUGAUGGAUCAGUGAAACUGUGGAAUAUUCAGAAAAUUGAAAAGCCGGGUUUAACCAAACAAUUAAGGAUCACAUACAACAAGCAAGGUGGGAAAAUCAAGGCUAUGACCUUUUGUGGUGCAUGUUCAUCAUUUGCUGCAGCAUCUGAUAAAGGAUCUGUAGUUCUUGUGAGUCUGAACCGGAUGGAAGAAACAAACUCACUGAAAAUUACCGAUCAUUUGCGCCUAUCUCUCAAUGUUCAAGAAACUGGCAAUGGAGUUGUGGAGAUGGCUUAUUUUGACACAGGUAAGGCCAAUGUUCUCGCUUGUGCUACGGUACAUGGUGAGUUGAUUGGGUAUGACGUGCGAGCGCAGAAUGUUGCAUGGCGAUUGCAGAACAAUCUCAAACAAGGGAUGAUUACUUCAUUUGCUGUGUCACCAAGUCAAUGUUGGUUAACACUUGGCACUUCAUCUGGGAUGCAUGUGUGUUGGGACAUGAGAUUUCAGUUGCCUGUACUGACGUGGAGUCACCCAGGUGGCCACAGCAUUCAACGUCUUGUGGCUCAUCCCCAAGUCAACUCUCACAUCUUCAGUUCUUGCCAUGGUAGCAAUGAAGUUGAUCUCUGGUCAAUGGAAACAGGCCAAAGAAAUCAGGUGUUUUGGGCAAGCAGAAAUCCACCCCUCUCUCAGCAGCAAGAUCCCUCAUCACGAAAUUUACGUAUCAAUGGUAUGUGUUGUGGUUGGUUUGACUCUGGUCCGUAUCUUUUGUUGGGAGGAACAGAUCGUCGCCUAAGACUGUGGGAUCUAACAACACCUACUGAUUCACAUCUUGUGUGCAACUCUGGGACAGACUCAUACGAUGUAGCUGUACAAUACAAACAUCGAGUUGUUGAUGGACUCCAAGUGUUAAUUGAAUCAGAUCAGAAGAUUCAUGAAGAAGAAAGUACCGAUGACAGAGAACGAGCACUGUUGAAACCUCCACCUAUUGGUCACAUGGACAGCAUAACCGAUGUAGCCAUAGCUCAAGGAAGCUACAACUAUGUUAUCACAACAUCAGCAGAUGGUGUUGUUAAAGUAUGGAAAUAA